UUCACAGUUCUUCCAUUAGACAUUAAUAAUGGAAAUUCAUAAUAUAUAUUCCUAAAAAUGUCAUAACCUCAGAAAAAAGAUUAAAAUUAAUAUUCUACUUCUCUUCAAUAGAAGAGAUGGAUAAGAUCAAAUGGAACAUGAUUGCAGAUCCUUUAGAGUGAGUCUUAUAAUGGCCUGAAGGGUUUAUUAUAAUUCGGUUAAUUACAUCCCAGUUGAUUGAAAAGAGAGUUGAAAAGGGCUAGAAGCUUUCUAAAGCAUAUAAAGCACUAUCCAUUAAGCUUACAAUGUGUUUUCCUUAUUAUUUUGCAACGAUUGACAUUCAGUUAUAAUCUCUUCCGGUAAGAAGAUUAUUAGCAUUUGAAAUAUUCAUGACAUCCCUGAGAAUAAUCACUUUUUUGAAAAAUUAUCUCUAAUUUUAAAAGGGAAAAUUUUAAUUUUAGCUCUACCUUCAGAGAGUGAGCUUUAAAGCCAAUACAAGAAAAAUAAAAUUAUUAGAAUAAUAAUAAAAACGAGCAAAUCGACUUUUC